AAUUUGAAAGACAUUGUAGAUACAGCUUAAUUCGUACUAAUUUUACGGUGGCGCUGCCAAGUAUAAAAUGUUAAUAUUGUUCAAUACUCAAUCUUUAAAUUGAUUUUUCUUUAAAAACCGGUUUGCAGUUGAAUCAUGGUAGCUCAUACGGUACUUCUUGAUUUUACUGUUCCAACCAACCAAAUUUUGGACAUAGAGAAACAAGCCAAUUUAAAAUCAAAUAUCACAAAUGUGUUAAAGGAACAUUUAGUAGGUUUGAAGCAUUUAACAGAAUCAAGCAUUGAUGGCAGCUUAGUCAUUUUGUUUAGUGGACCAAAAAGCAGUCUUAUAACUGUACGAGGAUAUACAGAAGGUUUAGUCACAGUUAAUAUUGAAUAUUAUAAGCCAGAUGAUGAAGAGGCAUUGUUGUCUUUUGAGUCGGCCAGAGACUUGGAGACGGCAUUACAAGCAGUGACAUCGGCUACUCGAUCGCACACGCUAACUCCUAUAAAACGCGGUGGUCCAUUUGAAAGAUACUUUCCUACCGCUGAUGAAAGAUUACUUGAAUAUGAUAUUGACAAGUUAGUCUUUGAAGCUCGAUCACCUUACCAAAAAGUUCAAAUUGUUCACUCAAAGUCACUUGGUAAUAUGCUUAUACUUGAUGAGCUACAAAAUAUGUCCGAGGCAGAUCUUAUUUAUUCGGAAACACUAAUGCAACGAGGCAAAGAAUGCUAUGAAGAUAAAGAAAUUGUGAUUUUAGGAGGAGGAGAUGGAGGUCUUCUUUGGGAAUUGCUUAAGGAAAAUCCUAAGCGUGUUACAAUGCUAGAAAUUGAUGAUGUUGUUAUCAAAGCGUGCAGUCAAUACAUGAGAAGUGUUUGUGGAGAUUGUUUAGAUAAACGCAUAACUUCAAAAUAUGAAAUAAUUGUUGGCGACUGUGUUAUAGCUUUAAAUCAUAUGAUCAACGAAGGACACCAAGUUGAUUACGUUUUCGGAGAUCUUACAGACAUUCCUAUUAGUACAGCACCACAUGGAGAUGCUUGGGACUUUAUUAGACUUAUUUUAAACUCUUCGAUGAAAGUAUUGAAGCCUACUGGAAAAUACAUGACUCAUGGAAAUGGAGCAUCUUGUCCAAAAUCAUUAAAAAUGUAUGAAGAAGUGCUGUCUCAACUAUGUGUUCCAGUUAAGUUUACAAAAGAUGAGGCAUUCAUUCCAUCUUUUUUCGAAGUUUGGAUCUUUUAUCAAGUUUCACUUAAAUGAUGGACUAAAAAGAAACUUAAUAUGUUGAGAACUAUAGUCAACUUAAAUCACAAUACAUUUUUCUUAUGACCCAAGUUGUACAUUAGCUUUAAUGUGAAACUAAAUUUAUAUAACAGUUUUGAUUUUAAGCUCAGGUAGCACUCUUAUUUAAUAAAUAAACGU